AUGGCGUGUCCGCGGAUCUUACCCAUCGUCCUUCUCCUGUUUGUCGGCUCGUGCUCAGCCUACCUGGCGCCAUCAACCCAGGCAGACCGCCAUUCUCUGCUCAUCCAACCCACUCCGAGGUCCGCAAAUGGCCGCAACGCGAAUGCUAGACCCGCUCCAGUGACUCCAAGGGCUGUACGCGCGGCGAAUGAUUCCGAGUCAAGUGAGUCUGGCGCGCAUAAAAACGCAUCAGCAGUUCCGUCUGAAGUGAAUUCUGGUCCCGCGCUCCCUCCGCAUGCUUCCCCUCAUCAUGUCGACAUACUCGACUAUGCUGGCGCGGCAGUCACGGAUGCGGGGAACAUGAGAAGAAACGAGAAGGAGGAGGAGGGGAAGGGAAGCACACCACCCAUCACCCUCCUCCUCCUUCUCAACAAUGGCCUGGGCACGGACGCGGCGGUCGCGGGCGUUGCGGGCAAGGGUGUUGCGGCCGGAAAGGGUGCGGCGGACAACGAUGCAGCGGGCAAGGACGAGUCCAAGGUCGCACCAAAGAAUGUGAAGAGCGCACCGAACAAGGUCACAGCCAAGGGUGCGGCGGGAACGGUCGCGCCGAACAAGGGCGUGGCGGACAACCAUGGCGUAGCAGGCAAGGGUGCGGCUAACAACGGCGCGCCUAAGAAGGUUGCAGCCACGGGCGCGACGGGAAUGGUCGCACGUAACAAGGGAGCGGCGGACAACCAGGGCGCAGCAGGCAAGGUUGCGGCUAACAACGGCGCACAGAAGGUCGCAGCCAAGGGCGCGGCGGGAACGCUCGCACCGAACAAAGGUGCGGCGGCGACGAGCAAGGCCGCGGAGAAGGAGGUCCCGGCGAACAAGGGCGCGGCACGCAAGGGAGCGGCCGGCAAGGUCGCGACGGACAAGGCCGCGGUGGGCAAGGGCGCAGCUGGAAAGUUCGUGCCGAGCGAGGCGAAUAAGGGCGCGGCGACAGCGAGUCAAAGUGCCAAGAACCAGCCUGCUGCUGCUGCGAUGAUUGGAGCGGCGAACAACAAACCCGUGCGCCCUCACAUGGCGACUGCCGAGGACGCGGCGAUCCAUCACGAUGGUACUAGUGGCGCUAAGACGGCAUCAGGCAACGCCCAACCGCCUCGCCCACAUGCCGUCUGUCCUCACAUGGCGUCGGUGCCUGCCGCGAGUCACGUUGCCGAGAAUCAGCCUGCUGCUGCGACGAUGGGAGCAAGCAACAAACCCGUCCGUCCUCACAUGGCGACUGCCGAGGACGUGGCCAUCCAUGAUGGCGCUAAGACGUCAUCAGACAGUGCGGAACUUGCCCCUUCGGACGCCCAACCGCCGCGCCAACACGACGCGCGCCCUCACGUGGCGACGGCUGAGGACGUGGCGAUCGUUCCCCAGGCGCGAGCGCCGGCGCCGGCGAGUCACUGCGGCGAGAAUCAGCAUAAUGCGAUUAUGGGAGCAAGCAAGACGCACGUGCGUCCUCACAUGGCGACGGCUAAGGACGUGGCGAUCCACGGUGGCACUAAGACGGCAUCAGGCAGCAAUGCAGCAAUCCCCCCGUCGAACGCCCAACCGCCUCGGCCACACGCCGUCCGUCCUCACGUGGCGCCGGUGCGGCCGCGAGCCCCAUGGCCAGGAACCAGCCUGCUGCUGCGACGAUGGGAGCAAGUACCAACAAUCAUCCUGGCGCCGGUGCCGGCAACUGCGAGUCACAUCGCCAAGAAUCAGCCUGCUGUUGCGACGAUGGGAGCACCGAGCAACAAACCUGGCGUGCGUCCUCACAUGGCGCCGGUGACGACGUUUCACGACGCCAAGAAUCAGCCUGCUGCUACGACGAUGGGAGCGCCGAGCAACAAACCCGUGCGUCAUCGCAUGGCGACUGCUGAAGAAGCGGCGAUCGUUCCCCUGGCACCGGCGCUGGCGACUGCGACUGAGAUGUAUGCAGAGGCAUGGAGGAAUGUGGUGGCUGUCGAUGAGAAGGAUGAUGAGAGGGACGGCAGCGAUGACAACGGCUAUGAUGAUGACAGCGAGAAUGACGAUGACACGGAGAUUGACGAUGACACUGACAACAAUGAGAAGGAUGAUGAGAAGAACGAUGAGAAGAACGGCAGCGGUAACAAUGGCAAUGAAAAUGGCAAGGCCGACAGUGAGAAGAACGACGCAAAGGGCGAUGAGAAGGACGAUGAGAAGGACGAUCAUGGCACGGACGAGGACAAUGGCAAGGGCAACAACAACUUGUUGAGCGACAACGAUGGGAGAAAUGACAAGGAAGAUGGGAAGGACAAUGACAACGAUGCAGUCAGCUGGCAUGGGGGGAAGAGCAGCAGCAACGGACAGCGAAGGGGCAGGGCUCAGGCCAUGAACGGAGCAUCAUCUCGCGUGUCUCACCUCAACAACAACGGUGGCUGGGAGCUUGAGGACAAUCAGCGCACUGGAUUCCACAGGGCACAGCAGUUUCGCAUGGCGACUAGGGAAGAUGUGGCCAUCCUUCGCAGGAGCGGGACUCACAGCACCGUCGAGAGAGCAUCAUCUCGCGUCUCUCGCCUUAACAACAACAACAACGGCUGGGAGCUUGAGGACAGUCAGCGCACUGGAUUGCACCAGGCACAGCAGUUUCGCAUGGCGAAUAGGGAAGUUGUGGUCAUUCACAGGAGCGGGAUGCAAGGCGCUAACCGGGUUUUGAACCAUCGGAGUGGGCUCAAUGGGGCACAGCAGUUUCGCAUGGCGACAAGCAGCGAUGUGGCCAUUCACAGGAGCAGGGCUCAAGGUGCUAACCGUGGUGUGAGCCAUGGGAGUGGGCUCAACGGGGCACAGCAGUUUCGCAUGGCAACUAGGGAAGAUGUGGUCAUUCACAGGAGCAGGGCUCAAGGCACGAACCGUGGUGUGAGCCAUGGGAGUGGGCGCAACGGGGCACAGCAGUUUCACAUGGCGACUAGCAGCGAUGUGGCCAUUCACAGGAGCGGGGCUCAAGGCGGCAGCGGAGGUGAGGUGACUGUGGUGAUUGCAAUGGGGAUAAUGGCAGCGGCGGCACUGGCGGGGAUAACGGCGUUCAAAACGGCAGCGGUGGCGGCAGUGGCGGAGGAGGAGGAGGAGGAGGAGGAGGAGGAGGAGGAGGAGGAGGAGGAGGAGGAGGAGGAGGAGGAGGAGGAGGAGGAGGAGGAGGAGGAGGAGGAGGAGGAGGAGGAGGAGGAGGAGGAGGAGGAGGAGGAGGAGGAGGAGGAGGAGGAGGAGGAGGAGGAGGGGGAGGGACGAUUGACAUUGGCACGAUUCUGGAAUUUCUCCGCCAUGGAUCGCGAAUGGGGGAGCAAGCCCGGAAGCGGCGGCGCCGCGUCCGCGCAGAGCGAGGCGAUCGACCGCCGAGAGCGGCUGCGACGGCUGGCGCUCGAAACCAUCGACCUCGCGAAGGAUCCGUACUUCAUGCGGAACCACCUCGGAAGCUACGAGUGCAAGCUGUGUCUGACGCUUCACAACAACGAGGGCAACUAUCUCGCGCACACACAGGGCAAGCGGCACCAGCAGAAUCUGGCCAAGCGAGCAGCCAAGGAGGCUCAGGAGGCACCGGCACUGCCCCAACCCGCUCGGCCCCGAGUGAACCCGAGAAAGACAGUGAAGAUCGGUCGACCCGGUUACCGUGUAACCAAGCAGUUCGACCCUGAGACACACCAACGCUCACUGCUCUUCCAGAUCGAGUACCCAGAGAUAGAGGACGGGGUGAAACCUCGCCACCGAUUCAUGUCUUCCUAUGAGCAGCGAGUUGAAUCCUGGGACAAGAACUUUCAGUACCUGCUGUUUGCAGCAGAGCCCUACGAAAUCAUAUCUUUUAAGAUCCCGAGCACGGAAAUCGACAAGACCCCAUCCAAGUUCUUCUCGCAUUGGAACCCUGAUACCAAGACCUUCACACUUCAGCUAUACUUCAAGCCCCGCCCAGUCGCCCCCACCAACCCCAACGCCCAUCUCCUCCCCUCCUCCAUGCCUCCCCAUCCCCAUCCCCACCCACCUCCCCCUCCUCUCUCCUCCCGCCCCCCUCCUCCUACCGGCCCCUCCCCCCGCCCCCCUCCCCCGUCCUACCCUUCCUCCAUGCCCCCUCCCCCUCCUCCCCCUUCCUCCAUGCCCCCGCCUCCCCCACCAAGCGGAUACGCUCCCCCUCCUCCCCCAAGCGGAUAUGCACCCCCUCCCCCUCCCCCUCCCCCUCAAGGGGGGCAGUAUGGGGGGGGAGGCGGGUACAUGCCCCCCCCUCCCCCGCCACAGCAGCAAGGGGGGGGAGGGGCGGGGGGAAUGGGGGCGUAUGGGGGUGCGUAUGGGGGGUAUCCCCCUAGCAACCAGCCACAGGCACAUGUGGGGGGAGCGGGGGGAGCAGGGGGAGGGGGAGGGGGAGCAGGGGGAGCGCCAGUGUCCAGACCCCCACCCCCACCCCCCCAGCAGCAGCAAGGGGGAAUGUAUUCUGCUGUCCCCCCGCCUCCCCCUGCUGCACCUGGGGGGUACCAGCCCCCUCCCCCACCACAGACCUAG